AUGGAGAUCAACAAGCUGGAGCGAUAUGUGAACUCCUUGAAGCGCGAAAUAAAGCAAUGGGAGUACAAGUAUGAAGCAAAGAACGGCAAAAUGCCCACCAUCAAUGUUAUAAAGGCGCAACCGGCCGUUUCGGCAAGGUACAAAAAGUAUCACAAGUACAAAAAGAUCUUGGGAAAACUGCAGUCGGGAGCAUUAACCGUCGAGCAAUGGAAGAGUCAGGAACGAGCGCCACAGGAUACGGAGCAGAAUCUUCCGCGUUCGCCUCCUCCUUCGUCGCCUGAAAGCGAGAAGGAGAUCGGACCUACGCCGCAACUCGACGGAAGAGUUUUGGGAAUAUUCGAUAUUGAGAUCAAGGAGUCGCCAACCCGCCAAACGCCCACGAAACAGUCAAAUCCAGUCAUUGAGGUUGCAAGCCCAGACGCGUUCAAGACUCCGACAAAGAAGGUUGAGCGCAAGCUUCUUUUUCAGGAGACACCCCGUCGUGAGCGAACGGCGCUUUUGCAGGAGACUCCCCAAUACCUACGGACAGAGUCGAAUACAUCGAAUGCGAUGUUUUUUGGCAAUCUGACACCAGAGAUAAAGAGUCCCCGAGUUGUGGAUGUGUCUCCGAGCAAAGUUGUCGAGCCUAGUCCGAUUAUUCGUCGGGUCGGCAGGCGUACCUUGUACGAGCUGAAUAACGAAAUUAAGGAGCUGCAGCGACAAAAAAGUCAGGAUGGAGAGGAAUUCACAGAGGAGAUCCAUGAGGAGCCCCCAGACGACGAGACCAAACAGGAAGACGUAAUCAUUCGCAAAAAGACGGCUAAGAGAACCACCAGACGAGUGAAGCUACGCACUCUCGGACCUGAAGACGAGCAGGAUAUGCUGGAAUCCCUUGAUAUCCACGAGGAAAUAAGGAAAUUGCGUCAAAAGAGCGAGACCAAGGCAAUCAGCGAGGAUGAAAGCGUAAGCCAAUCCGAAAGCGAGGAAGAGGAAUAUGUACGCAAGAAGGUGACCAACGAAGACAAAAAGUCCGCAACAGGAAAGCACCCGCUAUCAAACAAUUUUGUGCGCAUGAAGAUACACAGGAAGACCGGCGGACGGUUCAAAAGAAGACGGUAG